CUGACUGAUUUUCUCCUGAAAUCAGUCGGCUUACGCCUAGCAGCGCCCCUCGCGUAAAGAAACGUCCACGGCGAUCGAUCUUCUUCUUCUCCGCGGCUCCUCCAUGGAGCGCCUGCUUGGGCUGCUCAAGGUGAAGGUGGUCAGCGGGGUGAACCUGGCCAUCUGCGACCCCCUCGCCCACAGCAGCGACCCCUACGUCGCCAUCCGCCUCGGACAGCAGAAAGUGAAGUCCGGUAUCAAAUAUAAAUCCACCAAGCCGGAAUGGAACGAGGAGCUCACCCUGUCCAUCACUAACUGGACGCUCCCCGUUAAGAUUGACGUCUUUGACCAUGAUACUUUCACCAAGGAUGACAGCAUGGGCGAUGCAGAGUUCAGCAUCCUCAACUUUGUCGAGAUCGCCAAGAAGGACUUCAGCCACGUCCCUGACGACACCGUGAUGAAGACGAUCCACCCUGACAAGGGCAACUGCUUCUCCACCGAGAGCCACAUCACAUGGAAAGACGGCAAGGUCUCUCAGAACAUUGUCCUCAAGCUGAGGAACACCGACACCGGCGAGAUCAUCCUGCACCUGGAGCGGGUUAACAUCCCAGGCACGGUGCAGUGAUCCUCAGUGGCCAACCAUGGUGGUCAGGCAGUUCUACUGGCUGCUUUCUGUGACUGGAAUGUUGCUUGCUCUGUGAGCUAUGAAAAUAGGCAACGUCCUGGUGAGAUCUACAGAUCAUUACAGUGGGUGUUAUGUAAGGCAUGCAAUAGACUUAUGCUACUGGGGGGUCAUGUCUGUUUAUAGUUUUGGUUCUGCAUA